AUGGACUCCCAAAACGCGAGCUUCAAUGCUGGACAAGCCAAGGGCCAGGCUGAGGAGAAGGCUAGCAGCAUGAUGGACAAAGCUAGCAAUGCAGCUCAGUCUGCUCAAGACUCCAUGCAACAGGCUGGGCAGCAAAUCCAGGAAAAAGCACAAGGAGCUGUUGAUGCUGUGAAGAAUGCAACUGGGAUGAACAACUAA